ACUUUCUCCCGCGCGCCGGCUCCGAGUUGGAGCCGUGUUAUUGUCACGUGGCCACAGGGCCGCCCUCAGCCGGUCGGCCAAUGGGCGCGCGCCAGCCUCUCCCAGCCCCGCCUCGCUACUCCGCCGCGCAGGGACUUCGCGCCGCACGGCGGGGUGGAGGCGAAAAAGUUUCUUUCGCUGGCUAGAAGGGGCUUCGGCGAGCCGACGCUGCUCAGGCCGCAACUCUGUCGCAGUUGGCUGUUCUUUUCAGUUUCACUCCUGCUGCCUGGAGGCAUGAAAGGGCUUUGCCGCCGGGAGUAAAAGGAAUUGACCCGCCAGCGCGAAGGCGGAGCGCGCGCACGCGGCCGGGAGGGCGGACGUGCACCCGCGGCUGGAAGUUUGUGCGGGGCCCCGAGCGCGCUCCGGCUGGGAGCAGUGGGCCGAGACCGAGACCAAGGCCGCUAGAACGCGAUGAGCGCGCCGAACCUCCGUGCGCGCGCGGCGGCGUUGGGGCUGCUGUUGUGCGCGGUGCUGGGGCGCGCGGGCCGGGCGGACAGCGGCGGCCGCGAGGCACUCGGCCACGAGCGCCAGUGCCCCGCUCCCUGCCGCUGCCUCGGGGACCUGCUGGACUGCAGUCGCCAGCGGCUAGCGCGUCUUCCAGAGCCGCUCCCGCCGUGGGUAGCUCGGCUGGACUUAAGUCACAACAGAUUAUCUUUCAUCAAAGCCAGUUCCAUGAGCCACCUUCAAAGCCUUCGAGAAGUGAAACUGAACAAUAAUGAAUUGGUGACCAUUCCAAAUCUGGGAGCAGUCUCGGCAAAUAUUACACUUCUGUCCUUGGCUGGAAACAGAAUUGUUGAAAUACUACCUGAACAUCUGAAAGAGUUUCAAUCCCUUGAAACUUUGGACCUUAGCAGCAACAAUAUUUCAGAGCUCAAAACUGCAUUUCCACCCCUCCAGCUCAAAUAUCUGUAUCUCAACAGCAACCGAGUCACGUCAAUGGAACCUGGGUAUUUUGACAGUUUGGCCAACACUCUCCUUGUGUUAAAGCUGAACAGGAACCGAAUCUCAGCUAUCCCACCCAAGAUGUUUAAACUGCCCCAGCUGCAACACCUUGAAUUGAACCGAAACAAGAUUAAAAACAUAGAUGGGCUGACAUUCCAAGGGCUUGGUGCUCUGAAGUCUCUGAAAAUGCAAAGAAAUGGAGUCAUGAAACUUAUGGAUGGAGCUUUCUGGGGGCUGAGCAACAUGGAAAUUUUGCAGCUGGACCAUAACAACCUAACAGAGAUUACCAAAGGCUGGCUUUACGGCUUGCUGAUGCUGCAGGAACUUCAUCUCAGCCAAAAUGCCAUCAACAGGAUCAGCCCUGAUGCCUGGGAGUUCUGCCAGAAGCUUAGUGAGCUGGACCUAACUUUCAAUCACUUAUCAAGGUUAGAUGAUUCAAGCUUCCUUGGCCUGAGCUUACUGAAUACACUGCACAUUGGGAACAACAAAGUCAGCUACAUUGCUGAUUGUGCCUUCCGCGGGCUUUCCAGUUUAAAGACUUUAGAUCUGAAGAACAAUGAAAUUUCCUGGACUAUUGAAGACAUGAAUGGCGCUUUCUCUGGGCUUGACAAACUCAGGCGGCUGAUACUACAGGGAAAUCGGAUUCGAUCUAUUACUAAAAAAGCCUUCACUGGUUUGGAUGCAUUGGAGCAUCUAGACCUGAGUGACAACGCAAUCAUGUCUUUACAAGGCAAUGCAUUUUCACAAAUGAAGAAACUGCAACAAUUGCAUUUAAAUACAUCAAGCCUUUUGUGUGAUUGCCAACUAAAAUGGCUUCCACAGUGGGUGGCGGAAAACAACUUUCAGAGCUUUGUAAAUGCCAGUUGUGCCCAUCCUCAGCUGCUAAAAGGAAGAAGCAUUUUUGCUGUUAGCCCAGAUGGCUUUGUGUGUGAUGAUUUUCCCAAACCCCAGAUCACGGUUCAGCCAGAAACACAGUCGGCAAUAAAAGGCUCCAAUUUGAGUUUCAUCUGCUCAGCUGCCAGCAGCAGUGAUUCCCCAAUGACUUUUGCUUGGAAAAAAGACAAUGAACUACUACAUGAUGCCGAAAUGGAAAAUUAUGCACACCUCCGGGCCCAAGGUGGCGAGGUGAUGGAGUAUACCACCAUCCUUCGACUGCGCAAGGUGGAAUUUGCCAGUGAGGGGAAAUAUCAGUGUGUCAUCUCCAAUCACUUUGGUUCAUCCUACUCUGUCAAAGCCAAGCUUACAGUAAAUAUGCUUCCCUCAUUCACCAAGACCCCCAUGGACCUCACCAUACGAGCUGGGGCCAUGGCACGCUUGGAGUGUGCUGCUGUGGGCCACCCAGCCCCACAGAUAGCCUGGCAGAAGGAUGGGGGCACAGACUUCCCAGCUGCACGGGAGAGACGCAUGCAUGUGAUGCCUGAGGAUGACGUGUUCUUUAUCGUGGAUGUGAAGAUAGAGGACAUUGGGGUGUACAGCUGCACAGCUCAGAACAGUGCAGGAAGUAUUUCUGCAAAUGCGACUCUGACUGUCUUAGAAACGCCAUCAUUUUUGCGGCCUCUCUUGGACCGAACUGUAACCAAGGGAGAAACGGCCGUCCUACAGUGCAUUGCUGGAGGAAGCCCUCCCCCCAGACUGAACUGGACCAAAGAUGAUAGCCCUUUGCUGGUAACCGAGAGGCACUUUUUUGCAGCAGGCAAUCAGCUUCUGAUUAUUGUGGACUCGGAUGUCAGCGAUGCUGGGAAGUACACGUGUGAGAUGUCCAACACCCUUGGCACUGAGAGAGGAAGCGUGCGCCUCAGUGUGAUCCCCACUCCAACCUGCGACUCCCCUCAGUUGACUGCCCCGUCGUUAGAUGAUGAUGGAUGGGCUACUGUGGGUGUCGUGAUCAUAGCUGUGGUUUGCUGUGUGGUGGGCACAUCACUCGUGUGGGUGGUCAUCAUAUACCACACAAGGCGGAGGAAUGAAGAUUGCAGCAUUACCAACACAGAUGAGACCAACUUGCCAGCAGAUAUUCCUAGUUAUUUGUCAUCUCAGGGAACAUUAGCUGACAGGCAGGAUGGGUACAUCUCUUCAGAAAGUGGAAGCCACCACCAGUUUGUCACAUCUUCAGGUGCUGGAUUUUUCUUACCACAGCAUGACAGUAGUGGGACCUGCCAUAUUGAUAAUAGCAGUGAAGCUGAUGUGGAAGCUGCCACCACAGAUCCGUUCCUUUGUCCCUUUUUGGGAUCCACAGGCCCUGUGUAUUUGAAGGGAAAUGUGUAUGGCUCAGAUCCUUUUGAAAUGUAUUAUACAGGUUGCAGUCCUGACCCAAGAACAGCUUUAAUGGACCACUGUGAGCCCGGUUAUAUAAAGAAAACGGAGUGCUACCCAUGUUCUCAUCCUUCAGAAGAGUCCUGCGAACGGAGCUUCAGCAAUGUCGCAUGGCCUUCACAUGCGAGGAAGCUGCUUAACACUAGUUACUCUCAAAACGAAGAACCUGGAAUGAAAAAUCUGUGUCUAAACAAGUCCUCUUUAGAUUUUAGUGCAAAUCCAGAGCCAGCGUCAGUUGCCUCGAGUAACUCUUUCAUGGGUACAUUUGGAAAAGCUCUCAGGAGACCUCACCUAGAUGCCUAUGCAAGCUUUGGACAGCCAUCAGAUUGUCAGCCAAGAGCCUCUUAUUUGAAAGCUCAUUCUUCCCCAGACUUGGACUCUGGGUCAGAGGAAGAAGGGAAAGAAAGGACAGAUUUUCAAGAAGAAAAUCACAUUUGUACCUUUAAACAGACUUUAGAAAACUACAGGACUCCAAAUUUUCAGUCUUACGACUUGAAUACAUAGACUGAAUGAGACCAAAGGAAAACCUUAACAUACUACCUCAAGUGAACUUUUAUUUAAAAGAGAGAGAAUCUUAUGUUUUUAAAAUGGAGUUGUGAAUUUUAAAAGGAUAAAAAUGCUUUAUUUAUACAGAUGAACCAAAAUUACAAAAAGUUAUGAAAAUUUUUAUACUGGGAAUAAUGCUCAUAUAAGAAUACCUUUUAAAACUAUUUUAUAACUUUGUUUUAUGCAAAAAAGUAUCUUAUGUAAAUUAAUGACAUAAAUCAUGAUUAUUUUAUGUAUUUUUAUAAUGCCAGAUUUCUUUUUAUUGAAAAUGAGUUACUAAAGCAUUUGAAAUAAUACCUGCCUUGUACAAUUUUUUAAAUAGAGGUUAUUUCAUUAUAUUUUGCACAUUAUAUUUAAUAAAAUGUGUCAAUUUGA